CAGACCAACUACAUCCCAUUGACCAAGACAUUAUCACCCAGUUCUAGCCACAUAUUUAAAAAGUGAAGCAACCAACUACAAAAUGCUGAAUGAUCGAUUAAGGCCUACCCACAAAGCUUACAGAGAGGAGACCAUGGACGUGAAGGAAGUGCUCUACAUGGGCAAAGGAGGAGGAGAAAAUAGCUAUGCUAAACUCUCCACUUUUACGCAAAUGGUGACUUCCAUCACCAAACCAGUACUACAAAAUGCAGUUCAAUCUCUAUUCACUAAAGGAUUGCACCAACAGAAAGUUCUUAAAAUAGCUGAUUUGGGUUGUUCAGCUGGUCCAAACACAUUCUCUGUGAUUUCAACAGUAAAAGAUAGUGUGGAAAAGAAAUGCAAGGAAAUGAAUUGCCAAACGCCUGAACUUCAGUUCUACUUGAAUGAUCUUCCCGGUAAUGACUUCAAUACCCUUUUUAAAGGCUUGCCUAGUGUCUGUGACCAAAGUGAGGGUGCCUCCUGCUAUGCCAUGGGAGUUCCUGGCUCCUUCUAUGGCCGGCUUCUCCCUCGGAACAGCUUGCAUCUUGCUUAUUCCUCUUAUAGUGUUCAUUGGCUCUCUCAGGUACCAAAAGGACUCACAAGCAAAGAAGGCUUGCCAUUGAACAAGGGGAAUAUUUACAUAUCCCAGACAAGCCCUCCUAUUGUAAGAGAAGCUUACCUAGCUCAGUUUCAAGAAGAUCUCACCUUGUUCUUGAAGUGUCGCUCUGAGGAGAUGGUACCCGGUGCUCGGAUUGUCCUCAUACUUCACGGUAGGCAAUCCUCCGAUCCAUGGGGCAAGGUGAGCUGCUACCCUUGGGAGCUAUUAGGUCAGGCCAUUGCUGAAAUGGUUUCACAGGGGUUGAUUGAUGAAGGGAAAUUUGAUUUCUUCAAUGUGCCCUACUAUACAUCAUCACCUGAGGAGGUACAAAAUAUAGUGGAGAGGGAAGGUUCAUUUGGAGUUGAGCAUUUAGAGAUUUUUCAACUUGAAGUUGCAGACAAGGAAGAGAGAGAUAAGUGGGCUAAAGGUCAAAAGGUAGCAAAGAGAAUUAGGUCAUUCUCUGAAUCAUUUGUUUCAUACCAGUUUGGAGAGGAAAUAAUGGACAAAUUGUAUGAUAAAUUUACUCAUCUAGUAGUUGAGGACUUGGCCAAAGAAUCAACAAAGGGCACAAGCAUUAUUGUUAUGCUUAGCAAGGGUGGGUAGUUUAGUGUGUGUAGAACUGACCUUCCUCUCUAUUUAUGUCAUGGGAUGGGACAAUAUAAGCAAACGUUAUAUUAGAUUGCCCACAAAUUUAAAACAGUGUUUUUUUUUUUUUUUUUUUUUAUGCAAAAAAUGACAUUUUAAUUAGACA